AUGGUGGUCAUUAAACGUCCUCUCGAACACUUUGAUCGUUUUGGUUUUCAAAACAACACUGGUGCUUCUCUCAUUGAAAGUUCUCGCAUCAGUGGACACAUUUUACAAGGUCGAAAUAUGAACUCAAUGAUUGGUGUCUUGUAUCAAUUAUCCGCUCUCUCUCAGACUGCCAUUGAAAUUUUCAAUUCACUCUCUGAAAGUGCAACUGGUACUUUUGAUCGUAUCAAUGCUCUCAACACUCGUAUUCAACAAAUUAACAACAAAUUACCUGAAUAUGAACGAUUUAUGCAUGACAAUAACUCGAAAUUACUCUUCUCAGCAUCCGGUUAUGAAUUAUCUGAAGCAAAUAUUGCAGUCUUGUAUCGAAAGGAUCACUCGAAUAUUUCCAAAGAGAAUAAUCCUCUUCCUUUGAAUGUACAAUACAUGAAUGCUUGUUUACCAGCUCCAGAGUUUUCUCCCUUGUUGGAUCAAUUACAUGAAUUGAAUUUACAACAAGCAAAUUCUGAAGGCAAUGAACAACAACCACAAUCAUCGGAUGUCAAACAAGGUCCUUUACCCAAGUACAAGAAGUGUAUUGAAGCCUAUACGGAUGCCAAUUUCUUCUUUAAUGAAUGGGCAAAACGUGAAUUGGAACGUCUCAAGAAGGCAAAACUUAAGAGAAAGGAAGAACGUAAGAGACAACGAUUGGAACGUCAAAAUGUGACUGCCACGAAAGAGAAGAAACAAGUCAAGCAAAUGAAAAUUCACCGUAAAAAGUACAAUUCGGAAGGUCAAAUUAUUGAUUCAGGAAGUGCUCCAAGUUCUAUGCAACGAAUGGCUUCAAGUCCUAACAUGACGACGACAAGUUAUCAACAACAACAAAUGGACUAUUCCAAUAAUAAUAAUAAUAGUAACUAUCCACCUACUCCAAGUAAUCCUCCACAACAUCAACAAUACGAUUCUUCACCAAGAAUGAACCAUUCCUAUGAUUCUUCACCAUCCUUUAAUGUUCCUACUCCACCUCCAAACAGUUCAAGAAAUGUUCCUCCACCUCCAAUGAUGAAUGGUGGUGGUUAUGGUUCAUCCACAACCAACAGUAAUGGUUAUUCCACAUCUCCACCAAUGAUGAUGAGUUCUGGUGGUGGUUAUGGAGUUCCUCCACCAACCAAUGUUCCACCUCCACCUUCCGUGAUGGGUGGUAAUGUUCCUCCUCCACCUCCAAAUGUUAUGAAUGUUCCUCCUCCUCCACCAAGUAAUAACUUUGUCGUGACACCUCCACCUGUUCCUGCCACUACUGGAGAAGGUAAUAUUGACAUUUUGAAGACAGUCGAAUCGAACAAGUCUCAAAUGAAUCGUGUGGCAGUUACUGGUCGUGCUAACUUGUUGGAUGAAAUUAGAACUGGUAAGACAUUGAGAUCGGUUGCUGAAAGAAAGUUGGAACCAAAGAAGGAUGAAGGAAGUGCAAUGAGUGUGGCUGACAUUUUGUCCAAGAAAUUCGAAAAGGUUAUGGGAGAUUCUGACGAUGAAGAUUCUGAUACCGACUUUUCUGAUUCUGAUUGGUAA